CAAAGUUGUAAACGUCACGUCAAGCUAGCAGCUAGCAGCGGCAACUCGCCCCAAAAAAUACAGCAAAACAAAAUGUCAGAUACAGAAGAAAACACAGAGAUGACUAUUCCAUGUGUACUCAUCACUAGCUGUGACAGUGGCUUUAAAGAAGAAGAGCUGAUAAAACAGAUUCUUGGUACGAAGACUUUGCCUGAGCCAACCAAGCAGGAAGAAACAGUAUCCUGGUAUCCAUGGACCAUCAAUAACAAAUAUUACACAGCAGAUAUCCGGCUAUGCGUUGUACCCAGCACUUUUCAAAUGUCAGCAGAGAUUGCCCAGUCCAUGCAGGCUUUCAUCGCUUAUUUUGACAGUACAGCAAAGGAUGGACUGGAGAAGCUACAUCCGUGGAUAUCAGUGGUUGAAGAUAUUGCUCCAGAGGUGCUCAUUCUGGUGUGUGACAGAGUUUGUGAAAAUGGGGUCACCAGACAUGAAGCACAACAGUGGUGUUUGGCUCACGCCUUUGAGCUGGUGGAGCUCAAUCCUCAAGAGUUGCCAGAUGAGGAUGAUGACUUUCCAGAAUCCACAGGUGUAAAGCGAAUUGUCCAGGCGCUCAAUGCCAAUGUGUGGUCCAGUGUGGAGAUGAAGGAUGGACACAAUCAGGGCUUUGGUCUGAUGAGUAGCUUGGUGGCCUCAAGACACAACAACCCACGCAGCUGUCAAGAUCCACCGUCCUCCAGCUUGCCAGAAGAGGGCGCACUUGUUAAUGAGGAGGCUAACCACACAGAAAGUAGCACAAACUCAGACACACAGGAAAACACAGUAGUUGAUGCAAUGACGGAUUUGGACAUUCAGGAACUUGCUAAUCUCACAGCUGGUGAUGCAGAUGUGGAUAACUUUGAACGCCUCUUUACCAAAUUAAAAGAGAUGAAAGACAAAGCUUCUUCAUUACCUCAUGAGCAGAGAAAGGUUCAUGCAGAGAAGGUAGCAAAAGCAUUUUGGAUGGCCAUUGGUGGUGAUGAAGAUGAGAUAGAUGGGUUAUCAUCGGGGGAGGAAAGCUAAAAGCAACCACCUGUGACUUGAGCCAUACUUUCUCCUAAUAUUCCUACCUUUCCUGGGGCUCCCACAAGAUCCAGCGCCCUUUGACCCGCUUCUUGCACUUGGAAAGUGGAGAUGCUUACAGAUGGUACUGUAGGCAUAGUUAAUUUUAGAAACUUUUUGAUUCCUUAAAUGAAAUGAAAUUAUUGCAGUACUGGUGUAUAGUGAGAAGCAGUUGGAUUUCCUAUUAGGGAGAGAAGAGAGCCAAUGAACGGCCCCGACCUUCAGUCUUCUCACCUGGGACCCUUGCUACGCAUUAAGCUCUGAAUCAAAUUCAACACGUGAUGGUGUUGAAGGCGGAAAAACAAAAAUAAAUUGUGAUUUAUGCAUUUGUCCUUUGGGUACUGUUGUCACAUAUAUUUCUAAGUGACAUAGUGUGCCUUAUCCUUUAGAAGAGUCGUGAAACAAUUAAUGCACAUUCUGUUAAAUCAACAUAAAGACUUGUGAUUUUGUCUUA